GAGCUUCCUAUUGGCUGGUUGAGUUGCCCCGCCAGUGGAGUGUGGAAACAGCGCCAUAAUUAAACUGCGGGUCGAUUCAGGAGAAAUUUGCCAAAUUAAAAAAUUAAAUCCGAUAAGUGAAAGUACAGUGAAGCGUCGGAGAGAUUGUGACUUUACGAAACGUUCAGUUCGUGGCCGCGGGACUCGAGUUUCGUCCCGUUUGUGAAGCUAACGAAGCUAACAGACACAGCUGAUGCGGCGCGAGCCGGUAGCUAACGUGGCUAACUAACGUCAGCGGGUGUUUUCAGGUAGAGUCAACGACCACGGCUGCUCUCUGUCGAGCACAGCGGGGAUGAGCUGCCCGGUGAAUCUCCAGGCUCUGCCAUCCGGGGUGUUUGAAGAGGUGUUAACCCCGGAGAAUGUGAGAGGGAGAACAUCGUCAAACUCUCUGACUCCGCUGAGUUUCCCUAAAUCCAGGUCAGCUCUGUGGGACAGCAGCCCUGCAGGAGAGAAGCUCCGCCUCCAGCUCUGCUCGCACAGGAAGCCUCGGCUGGUGUUGUUGGAGAAAGCUCUGCGUCUGGCUCAGCGUCAUGUCCGUCAGAGUAAUAAGCCCCGCCUCCUCUGUUUCUUCUUGGGAUCAGUGUCUGUGGACUCAGAUGAGGACGGAGUCACGGUGACUCUGGACCGGUUCGAUCCGGGUCGGGACCAGGCCGGGUCCUCGGGCAGGGUUCCCUCUGCUCUGCUGCCCGGAGACGUCCUGGUUCCCUGUUUGUUCUCCACUCAGCCCGACACACCUGACGCUGUCGUCCAAUCAGAGGCAGAGCUCCAUCACUGCUUCAAGGUGCUGCAGCAGUUUGUGAGCGGCAGACAGACUCUGGAUCUGUCCCAGCUGUUAAAGGUCAGAGGUCGUGUGGUCUGCUCUCAGCAGUCCGACGCCGCCGCCUUCGCUCUCAGCUGGUCGGCUGUCUGUCCGUCCGUCACCGUGGACGUCCAGCCGGUCCGAGCCGUUCCCAUUAUCCCCACCGCUCUGCUGAGGAGUCUGACCGGCGUCAACCGACCGCCACUGCAUGCAGCCAACCGGCAGAGAGGGUUUCUGACCAUGGACCAGACCAGGAAACUGCUGCUGCUGCUGGAGUCUGAUCCUAAAGCCUCCAACCUGCCGCUGGUCGGACUCUGGCUGAGUGGACUCACACACAUCUACAACCCCCAGGUGCUGGCAUGGUGUCUGAGGUUCCUGUUCAGCUCUGCCCUCCAGGACAGAGUUCUGUCAGAGAGCGGCUGCUUCCUCCUCGUCCUGUUCGCCUCCACUCACAGAGCUCCUCAGUUCUACCAGUGUCGAGGACCCAGACCGGGACCAGGACCGGGACUACAGUUGAACUGUGAGCUGCUGACUGCCUUCCAGUCUGUGACACUCUACCAGCAGGUGGCGUCAGUGGACGGUCAGACUCUGCAGUGUGAGCUGGGUUCAGAGGGUCACAGCAGACAGGUGGAGGUCUUCAGAGACGCUCAGAGAUCCUUCAACAGAGCCCCCCCUCCAGCUGCCGGUCUGUCCGUCAGUGAUCAGGACUCUGGAGUCGAGGAUGAAGACCUGUCUCCACGACCGUCACCAAGUCCUCACCUCCCAGCUCAGCAGACUCGCAGAGUUCAGCCGUCCGUCCCUGAACUCUCUCUGCUCAUCGACAGCAGCUUCUCCUCCAAUCACAGCUCUCGGCAGGACCCUGGCCCCGCCCACAGACCUCCUCCACCUCCUGCUGCUGACAGGAAGUCUGCUCCUCUAACAGGAAACACUUCUUCCACCUCCUCAGCUCCCAGACCUGCUCCUCCUCCUCACCAACACAGCACCCCCAACUCCAACCUGCAGCAGCCCUGCUCCUGCUGCUCCACCCACACCUACAGCUGCACCUCCAUAUUCUCCUCCCCUGGACUCCUCCCUGCUCCUCUUCCACCUUCCUCACAUCACCACACUCCUCACCCUUCCAGAAACCAUACACCCACUCCUAUUGUUCCUCCUUCCUCCAGUCGAGGUACUCCUCCAUCCUCCCAUCACUCUCCUCCUCCUCCCUCCCCCCAACAGCCAUCUUUCAGCCCCCCUGCUCCUCCACCUUCCCUUCACCCCUCCUCUCCUCCUUCCUCCCACCACCACACUCCACCUCCCUCUACUCAUGUCUCUGCUCCUCCUCCUCCCUCCACCCAUCUCCCCCCUGCUCCUCAUUGUCCCUGCAGCCAUCCUCCUCCCCUCCUCAGGUGUGGUGACUCCCCCUCUCCUCACCCCUCCUUCCCUGUGUCUCCCCCCUGGCUCCCCCGUCCUUCCUGUGGGAGUCAGUGCUGUGAUCAGGAGGUGGGGGGAGGAGGAGGAGUUGCACCGUCUGACACCUACCAGCUCCUCCUCCAUCAAGACCGACAGCUGCGCCUCCUGCAGGCUCAGGUGCAGAUGCUGCUGGAGGCUCAGGUGAAGCUUCAGUCCUCCGCUCAGCCGGUCGACACUCAGACGCCCAGGAGCACGACCAGUGUCGCCGUGGGGACAGGUGCCAGUCUGUUCUGGGGGAAUCCUGUCGAGCUCCUCCCUCAUCAGGAGGCACAGGUCCCUCCCCCUUCUUCCCCUAAACCUCCCGCCUCGUCCUGCUCCAGCCCCUCCUCCUCCUCCUCCUCCUCCUGCAGACGCUCCUCCUCUCAUGACCUGUCCGUCAGCAGGCCAGUGGGCGGGGCCGAAGACGGUGACAUCACGCAUCAGGUGGCUCAGCACAGUGGUCUGCAGAGUCCAGUCCUGGGGGAGAGUGUGAGCAUGUACAGAGCUGCAGACGACGACCAGCAGAGCUUCUACCACAACCUCAUGACUCAGCUGACCAGUCGUCUCCAGGAGUCAGACAGUGGGCAGGAAGUGGAGGAGGAGGAGUUCAGGAGGAGGAGUUUGUCUGUGGUUUCUGACCGCUCCCACUCCUCCUCCUCCUCCUCUUCUUCCAGGAGGAAGCAGCAGCAGCAGAGUCCAGGAGGAGACCCGGUGAUCAGCGCCACCCUGAGGCACCUGCAGCAGCUCGGAGUCAACGUGGACAAAAAGGAUCUGACGGAGUCUGACAGAGACCGGGUCAGAACUGUGGAGAGCGUCAGCACUCUGGCGAGCAUCAACCCGGCAGCCGUCGUGUCCAGACUGAGCGUGUCCGACUCUGACCAGACCGUCAGCUCUCUGUUCCCGGGGGCCAGCGUGGACCUGAGCCUGGAGGCCAACGCCAUCGCCCUGCGUUACCUGAGCGACUCUCAGCUCAGCAGGUUGUCUCUGGGAGGCCACGCCCCCCACCCGGGCCCCACACCCUCCUCCGCCACCUCCCUGCUGUCGCCUAGCAACAUGUCCCUGGCCACCAAGAAGUACAUGAGGAGGUACGGCCUGAUCGAGGAGGAGGACAGGGAGGACGGAGACGAGGAGGUCGGAGAUCAGGAGCCGUCGAUUCGUCAGCCGCUGACCGAAGCUCUGAACGUGAAGCUCCUCCCACAGAGUCAGCUGAUCAGAGACCUGCGGCCGAAGAUGCAGGUGUUGGCCGAAAACACCAAACUGAGCGCCGCCGACAAGGAGAACUGCUCCAGUGGGCGGCCAUCUUUACUGAGGGCGAGCAGCCGGCAGACAGAGGGGUCGGUGGGAAACAUCCUGGACCUGAGCCGCCUGAGGCAGCUGCCCAAACUCUUCUGACAACAAAACUCCUGCUACAGACUGUAAAAACUGUCAGAUCUUAAAUGGAGCCUGGUCUGACUCCAGUCCUGGUUUUCAUGGUCCAGUCUGGAAAACUGAAAACCAGCUGUGACGAUGAAAGAGCUUCUGGAACUUUUAAAAACUCAUAUUUUAAAUGGAGUCUGGUGUGUCUGUGGUGCUCGGUGUCGAAUCACUCUGCUGGUCUGAUCUGGUCCUGGUUUUUCUGGUCCAGGUCCGGUUUUACUGGGAGUCUUCCAUCUUGAGGCAGCUGGAGCGUUCGAGGUGAAACAUCUGUCUGAUCCAGAUGCUGCUCCGACGACUGCCAACGCUGGAACACUGUAAAAACUGUACAUUUUUAAAUGGAGUCUGGUGUGUGUGAAGUGUUCAGUGUAGAGGGACUGGUUUUAUCUGCUUCAGUGUUUCUGUCUCUUUUUAUUUUUAUGUCCAAACAGAUUUUUAUUUUUAAUUAUUCUAUUAAUAAACUCUUGAAUCUUUUA